AUGGCGUACCGGGUGCUGGAGGUGACGCUGAUCUCGGCCAAGGACCUGAAGAAGGUGACGAUGUUCUCCAAGAUGCGCGUGUACGCGGUGGUGUCCAUCUCCGGCGGCGACCCAAGGACGCCGACGCACAGGACGCACUCGGACCGGCACGGCGGCCGGAACCCCAUGUGGCACGCGCCGCUGCGGUUCCCCAUCCCGACCGCCGCCGACCCGCGGGGGCUGGCGCUGCACGUGCUCCUCCGCGCCGAGCGCUCCUUCGGUGACCGCGACGUCGGCGAGGUGGUGGUGCCAGUGCAGGACCUCGUCGCCGUGGCGCCGCCCGCCGGCGAGCAUCGGCACCUCAGCUACCAGGUGCGCAGCCCGAUGAGCGGCCGGAAGCGCGGCGUGCUCCACAUCUCCUACAGCCUCUCCGACGCGCCUGCCCCCACGGCGGCGGCGCCGGGCGACGCGCAGUACAUGCAGACGAACGCGGCGGCCAAGGCCGGCGCCGACCCGGUGACCGCGUACCCGCCGUACCACCACCAGCAGCACGCCGUGCCGCCGUACGGCUACAAUCCACCGUACGGGUACGCGGGGGCGUCGUACGGCUACGGCCCCGCCGCGGCCGCUCCCUACGGGUACGGCGCGCCGUCCGCCGCGGCGGCCAGGCAAGACGGAGGCGUCGGGAUGGGCUCCGGGUUCGGGAUGGGGCUCCUCGGCGCGGCGGUCGGCGGGAUGAUGAUGGGCCUCGGCGAGGGCGUGGGCGAGAUCAUCGCCGACUCGGACAUGAGCAUGGACGGCUGCUUCUGA